UGGCAUUAUGUACGAUUCUGUCCAUUUAAAAAGCAUAUAUGUCAGGUGUGCAACAAACGUGGACAUAAAGAAGGUCAUUGUCCACCGAAACAUACGUCUCAUCCCAAAAAGAAGCAUAAACGUUCCCGACAUGUGAAAUCAGCCGAGCCUAACUCCCUUUCUCUGGUAGCUGCCUUUCAAACAAACUAUGACAUUCGGAGAAAGUAUGUUACCAUCCAGAUAAACGGCAUAUCAGCUCGUCUUCAAAUUGACACGGCAUCAGAUAUCACCUUAGUAUCUAGAGAAACGUAUAACUUGCUGGGUAAACCGCCAAUGAAGCCAUCUAAGAAAACGGCCAAAAACGCAUCAGGUGGUGUGCUAAAACUGGUUGGUGAAUUACAGUGUGAAUUUUCCUUCAAUGGAACUAACUGUACAGGAAUAUGUUACCUAACAGAACGGCCAAACCUUGAUCUUCUUGGUCUAGAUAUGUUAGAUAAACUUGGAAUAAUGGAUGUACCGAUUAACAGUGUCUGCAACGUAUUGUGUUCAUCAUUAGACACCCCAGUACUUGCAAAGAAGACAGGUGAAAGGUUACUAGAAAAACUGAAAUAAAAGUUUGCCUCCAUAGCAGUAGACCCAGAAAUACGAAGUAUAAUGGCAGAUGCCAUUCGAAACACUCCAGUGUCGUCAGAUGAAGUCAGAGAAGAAACUCUUCGAGACCCGAUUCUACAAGAAGUUAGAAAGUUCCACCUGGAAGGAUGGCCCGCGAAGAUCAGUUCCACAGAGCUUCAACAGUUUUACCAGCGUAGACUCUCUCUCUCAAUCAUCGACGACUGCCUGCUGUUUGCAGAACGUGUCAUAAUCCCAAAGAAGCUACAACCAGCAGUGCUUGAACAGUUGCACGCAGGACAUCCUGGAAUAAAUCGCAUGAAAGCAUUAGCACGAAGUUAUGUAUACUGGCCGCAUUUAGACACUCAACUGGAGCAGCUAUCCCGUUCAUGUACCAAAUGUGCAUUAGCAACGAAAGCACCGCGAAAAGCAGAGCUGCAAUCAUGGCCAAUACCACAGUCACCGUGGCAGCGUAUACACUUGGACUUUGCUGGUCCACUUCAUGGACAAACUUACCUUUUGGUAGUUGAUGCAUAUAGCAAGUGGCCAGAAAUCUUUCUCAUGGAACACCCGACUGCAAGCUGCACAGUCAGUAAGCUACGUCAACUAUUCAGUCGUUUCGGAGUCCCGGAAUUGAUAGUUAGUGACAACGGAACACAGUUUACGUCCGUAAUUUUCUCACAAUUUUGUCGGCAGAACGGAAUCCAUCACGUCCGAACACCUCCAUUCCAUCCCCAAUCAAAUGGUCAAGUGGAACGCUUUGUGAGUACAUUUAAAAAUGCUCUAAAAAAAUCUAAAGGGGAGGGGACCAUCGAAGAGAUCUUAGAGAGGUUCCUGCUUAUUUAUCGCUCGACACCGAACCCUCAGACGAUUAAGGGGGUCUCUCCAGCAGAAGCUCUACUUGGCAGAAAAAUACGAACACAUUUCGAUGUCAUCCGUCCUACGCCAGCUCUUGAGCCUCAACGAAACCUAUCUAUGGAGAAUCAGUUCAAUCGACAUCAUGGGGCACAAAAACGGUUGUUCACGGUGGGACAAAAAGUACUUGCUAUGGACUAUCGUGAGAAACAUCCUACAUGGACAGCUGGUCGGAUCUUGAAAAAGAAGGGGAGUGUGGUUUAUGAGGUGUCAGUUGGCUCAGAAGUUUGGGUACGUCAUGCUAACCAAUUGAAAUCAACUUCGAUAGCCAGCAAUGAGAUUCAAUAUCGAUUACUUCUUGAUGUUCUGCUAGACACCUUUGAAAUCAAAACGCCUGGAACAGACAGGUCAGUUUCUGUGCAAGCAAAGAGUGAUACUUCUUUAUUGCCUAGACGAUGGACAAAUCGAAAGCACAGGCCAGUCACUCGGUUGCAGUUGGACCCUAGCACCAGAUCCUACGAAUCUGCUCAAAGGGGAGGUGUUAGUGGGACAUAGAUUGGAUUUAAGCAUGCUCAAUGUACGAUUGCUUUGGCGCACGCUGAUUGGCUGAUUCUUAUCCAAUCAGCGCUAGUCUAUACAUGGAGAAGCUUCUAGAUUCUUCUUAUGUAAAAAGCUAUAAAUAUACUAACGGUUUUCCUAUUUUGCUUCUUGCUUCACCUAACCUUGUUAUUUGGAAUAUAAUCUCCUUCCUGCUCA